ACGGCUAUAAACUAACUCUGUAGGAACAGCGUAGAGUUGAAGUUUCAGCUUCUCAUACAUAGAUGCAGUUACUUAACUUACUUCCGUGGCCGAAGCGCCUCAAACCGCUCCUCUUAGGCUUUAAAGACAAAGCGUCCAUAGCUAAAGUCCAUGCUCUCAUGGUCUUGACUGGUCUCUUCGACCAUGGAAACUCCAGUGGCCGAGUAAUUGCAUCGUAUGCACGCACAGGCGAUAUUAUGUCUGCCCGGAAAGUGUUUGAAGUAUUGCCUCAACGAGGCAUAGAUGCGUGGAAUGCCAUGGUCAUUGCAUAUUCGCAUAAAGAGUACCCAGUUGAAGUUCUAAAUCUAUAUCAUCGGAUGAUCUUGGAAGGUGUUAGACCAGAUAGCUCAACUUUCACGGUGGCCCUCAAGGCAUGCACGAGCUUGUCGGAUUUGAAAACGGGGAAGGAAAUUUGGUGUAGAGCAGUUGAUUGUGGGUAUGAGUUUGAUGUGUUUGUUGGGUCUUCUGUUUUGAAUUUGUAUGCAAAGUGUGGGAAGAUGGAUGAAGCGAUUGCAGUGUUUGAUAAGAUGCCGCGAAGGGAUCUUGUUUGUUGGACAACUAUGAUAAGUGGGUUUGCACAAAGUGGACGGCCAAUAGAAGCAGUUGAUAUGUAUAGGCGAAUGCAGAAGGAGGGAAUGGAAGGAGAUGGGGUUGUGAUGGUGGGGUUGAUACAGGCUUGUGCGAAUCUUGGGGACUCAAACUUGGGUCCUGGUAUUCACGGGUAUUUGAUUCGGAGAGAUUUUCCUAUGGAUGUUGUAGUUCAAACCAGCCUUUUGGAUAUGUACGCAAAGAAUGGACAUUUGGGGCUUGCUUGUAGGGUAUUCAAGAAGAUGCCUUGUAAGAAUGUCGUAUCUUGGGGUGCAUUAAUUUCUGGCUUUGCUCAAAAUGGUUUUGCAGGGAAUGCACUGGAAUUCUUGAUAGAGAUGCAGAGUUGUGGAUACAGACCGGAUUUAGUGUCUCUUUUGGGUGCACUUCUAGCAUGUUCCCAAGUUGGAUUUUUGAAAUUGGGCAAAUCUGUACAUGGAUAUAUUGUGAGAAGACUUGAUUUUGAUCAAGUUUUAGGUACUGCAGUGAUUGAUUUGUAUUCAAAAUGUGGAGCCCUUUCCUGGGCACGUACUCUCUUUGAUAAGAUAAAAUCCAAAGACUUAAUCUGUUGGAAUGCAAUGAUUACCAGCUAUGGAAUUCAUGGGCAUGGAAAAGAAGCUCUGUCGCUCUUCUUAGAGAUGACAAAAACUAAUCUAAAACCAGAUCAUGCUACUUUUGCUUCUCUACUCUCGGCCUUUAGUCACUCAGGUCUUGUGCAAGAAGGUCAAUACUGGUUUAAUCUCAUGGUUAGCAAAUAUAAGAUCCCUCCAGCUGAAAAGCAUUAUGCUUGUAUGGUUGAUCUUUUGGCUCGUGCAGGACGUGUUGAAGAGGCUCGUGAGCUAAUAGAUUCCAUGAAUACUGAACCAGGGCUUGCUGUUUGGGUUGCCCUCCUGGCAGGUUGCUGCAAAAAUGGCAAGCUGUUGAUUGGAGAGAUUGCUGCAAAAAAGGUGCUUGAGUUAAAUCUGGAUGACUUGGGAGUUUAUGCUUUGGUCUCUAACUACUACGGCAAGGUGAGGAAGUGGGAGGAAGUAGCUGGUGUCAGAAAAAUCAUGAAAAAGACAGGGAUGAAGAAAGUACCAGGGUGUAGUGUAGUGGAAGUGAAAGGGAAGCUCCAUGCUUUUCUUAUGGAAGAUAAGAGUCACCAUCAAUACGAAGAUAUUAUGCAACUUUUGGAUAAGUUGGAUCAUGAGAUGAGAGUUAUUGGAUACCUUCCAAAGACUGAGUUUUGUGUUGCAUGAUUUUGAAGAGGAAGUCAAAGAAAAAAUGUUUGUGUAAUCACAGUGAGAGGCUUGCUAUUGCUUUUGGUCUCUUAAACACUGGGCCAGGAACCAGAUUACUGAUCACAAAGAACCUUAAGAGUGUGAGAGGAUUGCCAUGAAGCAACUAAAUUCAUUACCAAAAUUGUGAACACAGAGAUUGUUGUGAGGGAUGUAAAGCGCUUUCAUCACUUCAGGAAUGGAAUCUGCUCAUGUGGUGACUACUGGUAAAGCAUGAGGGAUAGAUUUGCUCUCUUUGUUGGAUUUGUCACAGCUGAGGUGUUGAGAUAUCAAGAUAGAACCGGCAUCUCUGAUGGAGAGCAUGUUCCGAAUAUCCUAAUGAGGCAUUGGAAGAGACGAGCUAUCCAAUAUCUCAAUUGCAUGCAGCUGGAUAACCAAUAAAGAAUGGCUUCAAAAUGCUCAGAUCCAACAUAUCCAUAUUCAGCUGCAUGUAAAAUUUGUGUUUUGAUAUCUAUCAACCGCUUCACCAAUUUCCCAUUUACCUAUUAUAUGCAUCGGCCGAGUUCAAAGAGCUUCUGUCAAAAACGAAAAGCCUUCUUUUUAUUAUUGAUCGGAAGGCUUCACUCUGAUAGGAGUGUCACAGAAAAGGACAAGGAUCUUUUUAUCCCUUAUCUUCCUGCGUGCUUGACAUCAAGCUAGAGUGAUGUGCCUCUAACAGUGGCAAUAAUUAAUCCUUUUGAAUUCUUAAUUUUGUUUCCCUUGAUCCCAGUUUCAAAGAAUAUACGUUAUGUUGUCACCUAUAAUUUUACCAGAAAAAUGGAGGGUUACUUCGCUGGCUAUAGUUAAUUUUACCAGAACUCGAGUUUUCGUUCUGGUUUGAGAGAGUAAAGUGGAAGGAGCGGAAGAUGAAGUCUGGAAAAUCGAAAGGAUUUCCUCGUGGCUGCUGCACAAAAAUCCAAAAUUACUCCUUCCAAUAUAUGAGGAUACUGUUUGGUGUUACAUUUAAAACCCGGGUUCUCUGACAAAAACAGAAUUGGAGAGGACGAGCAUAACUUAGGGAGUUUCAUAUGUAUGUUUGAUCUUGAGGAAGAAUGCUGGCCUUCUGAGCCUUUGCAGAGGGUACAAAUUCCUCUGCUUCUUGUAGUCAUGUACCGGACGUGGACCAUGUGGUAUUCUAAGUGUUUAUAGUCUUCU